AUGGCUCCCAGAAAUUUCACCCAGGUCACUGAGUUUAUUCUCACUGGCAUCUCAGUCACUCCACAGCUGCAGGUUCCUCUCUUCCUGGUCUUCCUGGUGAUCUAUGUGCUGACCGUGGCAGGGAACCUGGGCAUCAUCACCCUCACCAGCCUUGACUCUCGACUUCAAACACCCAUGUACUUUUUCCUGAGGCAUUUGGCUAUCAUCAAUCUUGGCAACUCUUCGGUCAUUGGCCCUAAAAUGCUGAUUGCUUUUGUAGUGAAGAAGAAUACUAUUUUAUACUAUGAAUGUGCCAUCCAACUGGGAGGUUUCUUAUUUUUCAUAGUGUCUGAGGUCAUCCUGCUCUCUGUGAUGGCCUACGACCGUCUGCUGGUAACCCUCACAUACCUCUAUGGCUUUGUGACAGCAGUUGUGGUUUCCCCUUGUGUAUUCUCCAUGUCUUAUUGCUCUUCCAAUGUAAUCAAUGAUUUUUACUGUGAUAUUGCACCUCUUUUAGCAUUGUCCUGCUCUGAUAUUUAUGUACCAGAAACAGUAGUUUUUGUAUCUGCAACUACCAAUUUGUUUUUUUCCUUAGGUACAGUUCUAGUAUCUUAUUUCAACAUUGUUUUGUCCAUCCUAAGAAUACGUUCCUCUGAAGGAAGGAGAAAAGCCUUUUCUACUUGUGCUUCCCAUAUGAUGGCUGUCGCUGUUUUCUAUGGGACACUGCUAUUUAUCAAUUUGAAGCCUCGAAGAAGUCACUCAUUAGAUACUGACAGCAUCAGUUCUUUAUUUUAUACCAUGGUGAUCCCGAUGCUAAAUCCUAUGAUCUACAGUCUGAGGAAUAAGGAUGUGAAGGCUGCCUUAAAGAGAUUCAUAACACACCCACACUAUUUCUUUAAACCAAUGUAA